GUUCGUAUACCAUUGUCCACGCUUACAUUGGAUUUGCGUCAAAGGCGGAAAGCAGUGUCACCGAAAAUCAAAGAGAAGAUGGCGCCUUCAGUCCCCUCACUCAUGCUCAUUACGGCGAUGUAUUCCUCUGUCGUCGUCGCUCAAUUGAACAACAGUUCUUCCCUCUCUUUCGCCACGCCCUCGGGCUAUAGCACUGCGAGCUUCAACGCCUCCGCUCACCCCACACCCUUCACACGAACAGACUACAGCGAAAACGCGCUCAACGAGCUCUGGAACCAAGUCGGGCCCGUCGCCACAGGCACAGUAACUACCACUUUAUCCCCGACACCAGAGCCCACGUCGUACGCCAGACCAAAUGCAGACCGGUUCCACGCGCUCGUUGCGUCUAGUCACCCUGAGCUUGAUGGGUUGAAACUGCCCAAGGGCUUCAAAUGGGGCGUGAGCAGUAGCUCGUAUCAGAUUGAGGGAGCGGCGAAGGAUGAAGGGAAAGGUCCUAGCAUCUGGGAUUUGCUGUCCCAUCGCGUGCCGAAUCUGGUUGCAGAUAAUUCGACGGGGGAUGUGGUUGCUAGCCACUACUACCUGUACAAGCAAGAUUUUGCGAGGUUGAAAAGCUUGGGGGUUCCCGCAUUCAGCCCGAGUUUCUCGUGGCCGAGAUUCUUUCCCUUUGGCAACGGACCAGUCAAUGAGGAGGCGGUUAAGCACUACGACGACGUGAUUUCCGAGAUGCAUAAGAAUGGCCUUCACCCUGCCGUCACGCUGUUUCACUGGGACACGCCACUAGCUCUGUUCAACGAGUACGGCGCCUGGACGAAUCGACGGAUCGUCGACGACUUCUUCCACUACGCCAAGUUUGUCAUUUCGAGAUACGAUGAAUUCGUAGACGAAUGGUUCACCAUCAACGAGCCGCAGUACUGCAAUUGGCAGUAUUCAACCUAUCCGGCCGGAGAAUACUUCCCCGCGCCAAAUGGGGUUACAGAGGAACUCGAGUCUAGGUUCCUCUGCGGACACUUCACUUUACUUGCCCACGCCAAGGUAGCAAAGUGGUACCACGAGGAGUUCAAGGGAAAGGGACGCAUCACCCUGAAGAACUCUGGCAACUACUACGAAGCCAACACGACAAGCCCAGCCGACGAAGAAGCUCGCCAGCGACAGUUCGACUUCUCCAUUGGAUGGUUCGGCGGACCGUGGACAGACGGAGACUAUCCAGCCAGCCUCAAAGAGACACUGGGAGACAUCCUGCCCGAGUUCACGCAGGAGGAGAAGGACAUGAUCAAGGGAUCAUGCGACUUCUACGCCAUUGACCCAUACUCCUCUUUCUCAGCGUACGAGAUCGACGGAGGAGUUGAAGCAUGCGCGUCCAACCGCUCCGCCCCUGGAUAUCCAGAAUGCGCAGGCUCAAACUCUCUUUCGCCCGAAGGCUUCCCCAUAGGACCAGCAGCGGACCCGACAAUGGACUGGUUCUACAGCGCUCCAUCGGGCGUGCGCAAGUUCCUCAAGCACAUCACCACCGUGCUCUUCCCCAGCGUCCCCGACAUUGUGGUAUCUGAAUUCGGAUUCUCGGAGCCCUUUGAAGGCCAGUGGGAGAAGUUGGGACCCGCGCUGUGGGAUCUCCGCAGAGCGGAUUACUACCAAAACUACCUCGACAACAUUUUGCUAAGUAUCCACGAGGACAAGGUCAAUGUGACGGGAGCGUGGGGAUGGGCCAUUUUCGACAACUUUGAGUGGUUUCUGGGAAGCCAGGUUCGGUUCGGGAUGCAGUAUGUGAAUUACACUAGCUUGGAGAGGACGCCCAAGGCCACUGCGUUUAAAUGUUGGUGAUGAUCAAGUGAUAUACAGCGGGAGCAGUGAGGCGAAAGAAGAGAAGCAUUCUGUGGCCCGCUGCUUGUGUGAAAGCCGGAUCGAUGUGAGAGUUAUAGCUUGUAUGCAAGUUGCCAGUCACAUGGCAAUGAAACCGAGCCUGACAACUGAUACACUGAAUCAAUUAUCCUACUUAAUCGCCU